AUGUUCCCUACCGUGCCCUGGCAGCCUUGGCCCGGAGACCGGGUCUGGAAGUAGGUGUAGACGGUGAAGGGAGGCCGAGCGUACGCCUCCUGGUCUCUUCCGGGCCGUUGCCCUCGCGCAGAGACCUUUAGCUGCCCUCAGCGUCCCGCUGCUGCGCAAGCAAGGGUCGAACAGCGUCCUAAGGCAGCUGUCCCCUCGAGGCCGCCGUAGACCGGGGAGUCAACGGUCACGUGACGCAAGGUUGUACCAUGGCUUCCCCCAAGCCACUGUCUCGCUUCUGGGAAUGGGGCAAGAAUAUCGUGUGCGUGGGGAGGAACUACGCAGACCACGUCAAGGAGAUGCGCAGCGCGGUGCUAAGCGAGCCUGUGCUGUUCUUGAAGCCGUCCACCGCGUACGCUCCCGAGGGCUCACCGGUGUUAAUGCCCGCUUACUGCCGGAACCUGCACCACGAGGUGGAGUUGGGAGUGCUCUUGGGCAGGCGUGGUCAAGCCGUCCCCGAGGCCGCCGCCAUGGACUAUGUGGCCGGCUACGCCUUGUGCCUGGACAUGACUGCCAGAGAUGUGCAGGAAGAGUGCAAGAAGAAGGGGCUGCCCUGGACCCUGGCCAAGAGCUUCACGGCCUCCUGCCCUGUCAGCGCCUUCGUGCCCAAGGAGAAGAUCCCUGACCCUCAUGCCCUAAGACUGUGGCUCAAGGUCAACGGUGAGCUCAGGCAGGAAGGCAAAACAUCGUCUAUGAUCUUUUCCAUCCCCUACAUCAUCAGCUACGUUUCCAAGAUAAUAACCUUGGAAGAAGGAGACCUUAUCUUGACCGGGACUCCAAAGGGAGUUGGGCCAGUUAAAGAAAAUGAUGAGAUCGAGGCUGGAAUAGACGGGGUGGUUAGUAUGAGGUUCAAGGUGGAAAGGUCAGAAUACUGAAUGUUCUUAGAGAGUGUCAAAAGAGAAGGGAGACAGAAGCAAGUGGAGGUAACUAAAUGACAAUCUUAAUGAAAAUCUAACAAUUAUGUGAUGAGAUUGCUAGGUCUAUAUCAAAGAAGGUGGAUCCUUAAAAACAAACAACAUGACCUAAAAGGACUGGGAUGGGAUUAGAAAUGGGAAUAACCAAGGCAAAGGAUAUGUGAUGCUUCCCUAGAAAUGUGUUAAACUAAACUCUGAGAGGCUGUAGUUUUUGUCUCUAAAACUGAACUGAAUAGACUUUUCUGUAAACCAUUCUGAAGUCUAUAGCGAAAAGACUUGAAAACUGCAAAGGAAAGUAAUUCAUUAAUGAUACUAACCUUUAGAAUGCUGUUUAUACAGAGCACUCCAGUUGAUUCUUAAGAGGGAAGGCACUUCGUCCCAAAAUCAGAUAAAAGUUUUGUUAAUCGAGCAACUGGUGAAGUCCUGCCUCGUUUACUUUGGUUAUAUAUGUUGGGCUGUGGCUUCUGAAUUUGGGAGUUAAUUUUGAAACUGUUUUCCAAAUAAACACUAUUUCUUGUGUGA